AUGGACCAUACCCAUCAGCACAGCGAGACGAUGAACGACAAUGGCGUUGACGAGCUAAAGUCCAAGGCUGAAGUCGCGGAAUUCGUCGAAGAUGGCCACACCCAUGCCAUUGCCGAUUUCAACAAGAAAGAGGCGGCCCUUCGACGAAAGCUCGACUGGUUCAUCGCUCCUGUAAUGAUGCUCUGCAUGUUGAUCUCGUAUCUUGAUCGCGGCAACAUUGGAUUUGCAGCUUCUCAAGGAAUGACUACAGACAUUGGCCUGACUGGCAACCAACUGAAUACGGCCGUCUCGAUCUUUUACGCCACCUACGUCUUAGCAGAGUUUCCCACCUCCCUAUACGUCAAAAGAUUACAAUUCAACCGAGUCAUACCCAUCCUUGUUUUCUGCUGGGGACUCGUCUGCAUGUGCUGUGGUUUUGUCCAGAACUUUGCAGGUCUAGUUGCCAUUAGACUUAUACUGGGCUGGUUUGAAGGCUGCCUGUUCCCUUCAAUGACUCUGCUUCUCGCCAAUUGGUAUCGUCGUGAGGAAUUGGCUCAGAGAAUAUCCUACCUCUUCAUCGCCUCAGCAUUGUCCGGCGCCUUUGGCGGCCUAAUCGCCUAUGGAAUUCUGUACAUGGACGGAGUCGCUGGAUAUCCUGGUUGGCGAUGGCUGUACAUCCUCGAGGGUCUCCUUACUCUGGUUUGGGCCGUGUGUUGUUGGUGGUUGAUCCCAGCCAACUACCAAACGGCGUACUUCCUCAACGAAGAGGAAAAGAAGAUCAUGGCUGUCCGUGCCGAGCUCUCCGAGUCGUACAGCGGUGGUGACGGUCACUACGGCAUGAAGGAUGUCAAACUCGCGUUCAAGGACACCAAGACCUGGCUCCACGGAGUCAGUCAGAUCGCCGUCGUCACCAUCCUCUACGGUUUCGGCACCUUUUUGCCUCUGAUCAUCAAGAACGGCUUCCACUAUUCGACCAAGCAAGCUCAGUAUCUCGUCAUCCCCCCGAACGUCUGGGGAGCCAUCGUCUACGCCGUCGGUGCCUGGAUCUCGGACAAAUACCACAAACGUUUUUGGAUCAUGGUUGUCUGCGCUCCGAUUGGUAUCGCAGGCUAUGCCAUUCUCCUCAAACAGGAUGAAGUGUCAGCUGGCGUGAGAUACUUUGCCACUUUCCUGAUCGCGACGGCCUGUUUCUUGUGUACCGGUGGCAACAUCGCUUGGUUGUCUGGUAAUGUUGCUCCGGAUGGAAAGAGAGCAGCCAGUUUGGGCACGCAACUCACUCUCACCAACCUCGGAGGUAUCAUCUCGGGUCAGAUCUACGCUUCCACGGACGCUCCAGGUUACGUCCUGGGUCACUCGUGGUCCGCGGGUUCUCUGGCCUUUGCCUUUAUCGUCUUCAUCAUCAUUCGCAUCCUGUACGAGAAGAGAGAAAGCGCGAAAGAGAAGUUGCGGCAACAAGGCUACGUUACUCCAGCUGGAGAACUCACCGACCGUUCACCCGAAUUCAAGUAUCAACUUUAAAAAAAAAGAGGACACAAUGAAAAUAGUGCAAGUUGGUUUCGAUAAUUUGCUCCUGGGAUCGGAUCUAAAUAGUGGCGGGAAUUUGCUGCUCAGCCUUUGGCCAGGAGAAACGGGAG